UGGCACGGGAGAGCGCCCUGUCCGCGUGCCCAGCGCAGGCCCCUUAGCCGUCCUAGGCGUGGUCCGGGCGGCUCGCGGUUGCUUUAAGAAGCUCGGGACCUGCCCUGCCUCCGCCAUGGCGGCGCAGCUGCUGGAGGAGAAGCUGACCUGCGCCAUCUGCCUGGUGCUCUACGGGGACCCGGUGACGCUCCCCUGCGGCCACAACUUCUGCAAGCGCUGCAUCCAGGGCUGGUGGCAGCGCCGCGAGAAGGAGUGCCCCGAGUGCCGGGAGCCCUGCCCCGACCGCGCCGAGCUGCGCCGCAACGUGACGCUCAGCGGCGUGCUGGAGGUGCUGCGCGCCGCGCCCGGCCCGGCCCCGGCGCCCGAGGCGGGCGAGCCCGGCGCGCGCUGUCCCCGCCACGGGCGGCCGCUCGAGCUCUUCUGCCGCACCGAGGGCCGCUGCGUGUGCAGCGCGUGCACCGCGCACCAGUGUCGCGACCACGAGCGGGCGCUGCUGGACGCUGAACGCAGAGCGCGCGAGGCCCAGCUGAGAGCCAGGCUGGAGGUCACCGAGCGGCAGGCCACCGAGGUUGAGACCCAGCUGCAGGAGCUGCAGCGGCGGAGCCGUGAGAUCCAGAGCUCAGCCUGCACCCUGUCCUCGGUGGCUUCCAGCAAGUUCAGCCGCCUGCUGCAGGCCCUGGAGAUGCAGCGAACCCUGGCACUGAGGGGCAUCCAGGCGGCCGAGACACAGGCCCUGGCUCAGGCCCGGGAGGAGCAGCAGCGGCUGCAAGGCCACCUGGACGCCCUGGCUCGUGACGGCUGCAGGAUCCGGGCCCUCCUGGAACAGGGGGACGACCAGACCUUCCUGCAGGAAUCCCAGCAGCUCCCCGAGCCCCCGCAGCCGGCUGGGCCACUGACCCUUCCACAGUGGGACGAAGAGCAGCAGCUGGGGCCCCUGAAGGAGUCGCUGAGCCCGCUGUGUGACCUCCUCCUGCAGGGGGGCAGCCACCCCAGGGCGCCAGCCAAGGCUGCUGACCUAGGCCCUGUGGAAGCUCCGGGUCCCCUGGCACCAGUCGGGAGCACGCUGUGUCCACUGAGGAGGAGGCUCUGGCAGAAUUAUCGCAAUCUGACCUUUGACGCAGGCAGCGCCAACCGCCACUUCUACCUGUCCCGCCAGGACCAGCAGGUGCAGCACCGCCGCCAGCCCCAAGGCCCGGCAGGGCCAGGCAGCUUUGAGCUCUGGCAGGUGCAGUGUGCCCAGAGCUUCCAGAGCGGGCACCACUACUGGGAAGUGCGCACCUCUGAGCACUCGGUCACGCUGGGCGUCGCCUACCCGGAGCUGGCGCGGCGCAGACUGGGGCCCCAAACAGACAACAUUGGCCGAGGGCCGUCCUCCUGGGGGCUCUGUGUGCAGGAGGACAGCGUCCAGGCCUGGCACAACGGGGAGGCCUUGCGCCAUCCUGGGGUGUCCGGGCGGCUCCUGGGCGUGGAUUUGGACCUGGCUUCCGGCAGCCUCACCUUCUACAGCCUGGAGCCCGAGACCCGGCCCCUGCACACCUUCCAUGCCCUCUUCACCCGGCCCCUCUGUCCUGUCUUCUGGCUCCUUGAGGGCAGGACCCUUACCCUGUGCCAUCGGCCUGGGGCCACAUUCCCUCGGGAGCCCCAGGAGGAGGCCUCAGUGCCCAGCUGACACUGGGUCCCCUCCCCAGUCUGCCACCCAAGGCGAUGUGGCCCAAAGGCCACGUAGGCCUCAGGCCAUCCCAGAGAAAAGCAACUUCUUAGCUCCUCCCUCCCGGCCUCUGAUUUUCCAGAACACUUUGGUAUACUUGAAUCCUGUGGAUUUAUCUCGUGCAUCCUUGUAAUUGUAUUCUUUUUUUUUU